AUGAAUUGCGACCCGCAGAAUGCGCUACUGCUAGAGCAGACGGCGCAGAAGACAAAGCGUCUGCUUUUCCUCCGUAGUCCAUCUGGAGUGAACGGCAUUCGCAGCUUUAGCCGAUCUCUUGGCAUAGCCGACGACCUCGGCGGCACGCAAGUGUCAGCGGGGGAGCUGCGGCGGGCGCUUCAGGACAACAACGUGUCACUCGAGGAGCACGAGAUUCAGAACAUCUUCACAGUGCUCGAUCGCAACGGUAAGGGCUCGAUUGAUCCGACAGAGUUCAUCGCUGUCAUGUGCAAUAACCUCAGUCCGUUGCGCAAGGUGUGGUUGCAGCGUGUGUGGCGUGCCUUCAUCAAGGACCCUGAAGACGGCUCAGUUGAAGUACGAGAGCUGCAGCGACAGUUCAUCGCGGAAAAUCACCCUGCCGUCCUGCGCCACGAGUUGACCGCAGCGGAGGUGCGCAAAGACUUUGCAUCCACCUUCAGCGAGAUCACCAAUCCAGAGGGAAAGGUCAGCGCGCAGGAGUUCUGGGAGUACUACGCUGGCGUUUCGGUUUCUUGCAACGACGACGACUCCUUCGUAGCCCUUCUCCGUGGUGUGUGGCCGUUGCCGGGCGUGUCGCACGACUUAUCCACCUCGCUUGCAAAGGGCAAGGCGCAGUACCAAGUCUCCUACCACACGGAGCAGAGUUUAGCAGAGAAGACGGCUGUCGCUCACCGCAAGGAGGCACUAUCGGCCCUGAUGACGAUGAUUCGCUGUGAUCACGCACCUGUCAUCCUCAGUAGCGGCGCUGCUGCCCGCAGCUUGUGUCUCUCUCUAGCGAAAGCGGACGAGUCAUGCGGCGGCUUUGUGCGUGAGGCUGCGUUCUUAGGUGCGCUGCAGCAGCACCGUCUCUACGUACCGAACCCAUCCCUGUUAGAGUGCCUAGACACGAAUGGAGAUGGGUCAGUCGACAUCAGGUACUACGAAGCACUCCUGUUGCCUUCCCCGUCUGCCGCGCGUCUCAUGCUGCUGGCACGGCUGUGGUCGCGGUGCUUCGAGAACAAAGACACUGCCUAUAGUGUGCCCGUGCAGGAGCUGCACCGAAAAUACCAUCCCUCGAGUCCGGCUGACAAAGACGCCUUUCUCACCGCCUGGGAUGUGCGAACGGCCAUGGGUGGCAAGGUCCAGUUGGAGGAACUUGUGCAGUGGUACGUGCCGCAGAGCGCAGCGGUGCAGCGCGACAAAGACUUUGAGGAACUCCUGCACCGGCAGUGGGGCAUGUACCACGGUUAG